AACCCAAGUUUGACAACCGAUCCACUUUCUCGUUCUUCUUCAUCCCCAAGUGCAUAUACUACUACUAGGGUUUACCAAACACUCUGAACAAAACCAAUAAGAAAAUGGCAUCGAAAUCUCUUCUCAGAAAUGGAGUUGCAUUGUUGAAUCGAUUAUCACUAUCAAAUUCAAAAUCACUUCUGAAUUCCAAUCAUCAUCAACCUUACCUUUUCCCAUCCCUCUCCAAGCUCCAGAAUUUUCCUCAAAACGACGCCGAAUCAGCGAAGAACCUUAUUUCCUCCGAAGGAUUUCUCUACCCAUGUGGCCUCCCUUCUCUUCGCUUCUUCUUACCUAAUGGGGACACUUCUUCAGACGAGCCAAUGAUUUUAUUCCCAAAAAGGACAUUUCAACCUAGCAUUAUCCGCAGAAAGAGGAAUCAUGGUUUUUUUGCUCGGAAGGCAACCAAAGGUGGCAGAAAGGUAAUUGCUCGAAGAGUAGCUAAGGGUCGGUUUAGGAUUACAGCUUAGUGUCAUUGACUUUUAAGUUAAAGAUUCAACUUAGCACCUUAGUGCACUUCAUGAUAAGACUCAGUGGAACAGGGCGAUACGGGGUGGGGGGUUUCUGAGUACAGUAUUCUAUAAACCAUUUUCCUGGCAGCUAUGUUAUGAAUCAGUUUCAAUAAUAUGUAACCCUUACUGUUUUAUGUUCAAGACAGCUUAAAGAUUUAGGUGUGGUUGAUUUAUUAAAUGUGAAGUUGAUAGAA